AUGAAUUCAACCGAUAUUCGUGUAAUUUUCGUAUAUGAGUAUAAACUUGGUAAUAAUGCUGCAAAAGUUCCACGCAAUAUAAACCAGGUAUUUGGGGAGAAUACUGUGAACGAUCGAAAAGUGCAGCGUUGGUUUGAAAAAUUUCGGUCUGGUGAUUUUUCCCUGCAAAAUGAACCGCGUAGAAGACCCGAAACGUCUGUGAAAAAUGAUGCUCUGAAAGCAUUGGUGGAAACGAAUCCAACUGUUUCUUCAAGGGAACUUGCUGCCAGAAUGGAAGUUGACCAUGCAACAAUAUUGCGACAUCUUUUUGAAAUUGGCAAGGUGAAAAAAAUGGAUAAGUGGAUACCGCACGAACUAACCGAGCGAAAUAAGAAAAGGUGUGCUCGGUGGCUUGAUAGGGAUGAGGCUUGUGCUCAUACUCCACGGCCAUCACUUCAUCCACGGAAAAUUUUAAUCACAGUUUGGUAG